UUGUUAUUGCAAUAUUUGACGUUUUGCUAUUGCUCUAUUGCAGAAAAUCUAAACAUUAUACAUUAAAUUACAAAAAUGUCUUCUCAAAUGUCUGCUAUAGAACUGCUCAAACUAGGAAACGAAGGAAGACAAAAACCAUUUUUAAAUGCAUACUGGCCACAAAUAUUGGGAGUUGCAUUCGGAGUAGGAGCCGCCGUAUCGAUAAAUUUCGGCACUCGACGUCCACUAUUCAGCGGUAUUCAAAAACAUGUCUUACUGGCGGGUGCUACCACUGCAUUAUUGACAUAUGUCCAGAAGAAACGAGAUGAGUAUUAUGCAGAGAGAGAUGCUGUGUACAGGCAUUACAUUGAAUUACACCCAGAAGACUUCCCAGUACCAGAAAGGAGGAAGAUUGGAGAUCUUCUAGAACCUUGGGUCCCAAUUCGUUAAUAUAAAUAAUUAUUAAUAAAACAGUAGAAAUAAAAUUAUGUUAAAUUAUAGUUUUAAUAAAUAACUUAAAAACAA